AUGCGGAAUGACUAUCGGCUCCAGGAAUGCCAAGGUUCACAGUUCAAGCAAACUUUCCCUGAUGUAGACUAUGCCUUUUUUGGAUACAACAUACUAAAAGGCUACCCACUCUCAGUUGGACACGACCCUGGCUUUACAUAUCCGAUUUUUGAUGUAGAUUACUCUAAAGGGAAACAAUCAGCCGAUUGCAGAUACAGUGUUCCUGAAGGAUUGGUGGUAGUCCCAGAUGUAUCCUGUGUAACUUCAUUUUCUUCAUCAACUGUUCAAAAUAAAUAUGAAUUUGCAAAAUCUCUAUCCGUUUCGGCAAGCGUUAGCGGUGGAGGGUGGGGUGUCAGUUUUUCUGCCAGCGCAGGGUACAAGGAAUCGUCAUCUCAAAUGUCGACUGGUGAAUCUGUUUUCAUUUUAUCAACAGCAAAGUGUACUUAUUAUUUCAGUAAAUUUGUAACAGAAAAACCCCCUCGAUUCUCUGAAGCAUUUCUCAGCUGGGUAAACAGACUGAAGCGCACAGAUACGCGGGAAAUUUAUUUUGACUUUUUUGAAACGUAUGGUACACAUUUUCCAACAUAUACAACGUUCGGGUCCAGAUUUACAUAUGAACAUAAAAUGAGCUCCAAAUCAUUUCAAUCAAAACGCGAAAAAGGAGUUAAUGUUGCUGUUCAAGCUAGUUAUUCUGGAUUAUUUAGUGUUGGAGGGGGUUUCAAUAUGGAUUCAUCACAACAAGAAGCAGCAUCAGAUUUUUCGAAAUCAGUUGAAACAAAAACAAUAACUGUUGGCGCGCCCCCACCUGCAAACGGCGAUGCAAUGACGUGGGCGUCUACGGUUAAAGAUAGUCCUGUGCCAAUGGAAUAUAAAUUGCAAUCCAUUGAAAAUCUUUUCACUGAGCACUAUAUGAAACAUAUGAAAAUAGAUUACGAAAAGAUAGCUGAGAAUAUAAAAAGAUUUAAAUCUGACUAUUGCAAGUACUUGAGGGAUCUUGGGGAAAUUGAUUCUUGUGACGAUCUUACUCCUGGAAUCAUGUUAACUAGAACAAGACUAUUCGAUCAUUUUAAGUCAAGAGCAAUUUCCAAUUUUGGAGAAUGCAUAGACCUUUGCCUUCAGAAUAUUAACUGUGAAGCUGUUACGUUUUGCACAACAUGUAGUGAAUAUGAACGUACAUGCUACAUGUACAAAAAUAUAAAUGGCCAUACCGUUGUUGGAGCUGGGAGCGAUGAUUGGAAAAGCGGUGUGUUCCCUUCUAAAAUAAAUGAUAUCUUAAAGUUUCAAAAUACAAAUAUCAUCGGAGUCCCAAGAUCAUCCGACAGUAAAACAGAAACAGUCACCACACAAACUGAAUGCAAAAAUCUUUGCAUAAAUGAUGCUCAUUGUGUAGCGUAUACAUUUUGUACUUGCCCAGAUGACAAGAUCAAAUGUCAUUUGUACGCUGGGAAUAGAAUAAAUGAGAUGGUUCAUAAACAGGGUUCAACAGCAUAUUUCAUUUCUUAUCGUGCUGAGGAACCUGACGCUGACAUGACUCAGAAUACGAAUUCAACGAUUGCAUCAGCAUCGAAAGAAAUGUCAAGACCUACAUCAACAUCGCCAUCAACUUUGAAAUAG